AUGCCAUCACUUAAAGGAAAAAGAAUCGCCAUACUUUCUGAAAACGGUUUCGAAGAGAUUGAAUUGACCAGCCCCAAAAAAGCACUGGAAGAUGCCGGCGCAAAAGUGGAUAUUGUUUCCGCUCAGAAAGGCAAAAUAAAAGGCUGGAAUCACGACCACUGGUCUAUUGAACUGGAUGUAAACGUAAACCUGGAUGAGGCUAAAACAGAAAAUUACGAUGGACUGAUGAUUCCAGGAGGCGUUAUCAACCCCGACCAGAUGCGGCUGCACACCAAUUAUAUACAGUUUGCACAGGAAUUUCUGGAAGCCGGUAAACCUGUCGCUGCUAUUUGCCACGGCCCGCAGCUGCUGAUUGAAACCGGUAUGAUCAGCGGUAAGGAAAUGACUUCUUUUCCCUCUAUAAAAACUGAUCUGAUCAAUGCAGGUGCGCUCUGGCAGGACAAGGAAGUAGUGAACGACAAUGGCCUUGUUACCAGCCGCAGCCCAAAAGACCUGGAUGCAUUCAAUAAAAAAAUGAUUGAAGAAAUGGCCGAGGGUGCACACGCUACCCGUAAUGCAUUUGCACCGGCACCCGUUCACCAAUAA